AUGAGUGACUUGUUUAUUUAAAAAAGUAAAAAUAAAAACAAAACUAUAUCUAAGAAAUAUAAAAAUAAGGCUAAGGGUAAAAAUCUAUUAUAAAAAGAGUAAAAAAAUAAGAUACUUCAGCAAAAAACAACUGAAAAUCAGCAAUAGUUAUUUGAUUAAAUAACAUUUUAGCCUUUUAAGCAAGAAUAUUAUGAAGAAACAAUAGAUUUGUUAACUGAUAUUUUUGUAAAUUAAGAACCCGUUUGUAAAUCAACAAAUAUUAGCUUUCAAGAUUUGAGACAGUUUAUAGAGCAAAUUGUUAAAAUUGGAUCAAAUUUAUCUAGUAUAGCAAUAUAAAAGUAUAAAGAUUAAGAUGGAAAUAUUUGUAGCAAAGUGAUUUCAGCAAUAAUUUCUUGUGAUUAAGCAGAUCUUAACAUGUAUGAAUAACAAAUAGCAUCAACCACAGUGCCAUAAAUCUAAUUUAUUCUUAAUUUAUUCUAAAUCACUGAAAUAAAGCUUAGUGAGCUAUUAGGGAUCAACUUAGGUAAUAUUAAAAAAGGAGAAAUUAUUCAUUAAGUAGUACUUGGUACCCAUAAAAAUUUUUAAGGCAUGGGAGUAGGGUUCUACUUAUCAUUACAUAAUGCUCAAAUUGUAAAGUAACACGGGUUUCAAAACGCUGUGAUGGAACUAACUUCAAGCUUAAGUUUAAAGAUUUGUAAGCUUCUGAAUAUAGGAAAAGUAAUUUAUAGUGUUAAGUACACAGAAAUCAGGGAAGAUGAUAAAUUUAAAGAAGGAUUUUAAUAAAUAGAAGAUAGAUUAUUAGACGAAUAGAUUUCUAUUUAUUUUAUUGAUACUUCUGAUUUUGUGAUUAAAAAUUACGAACAGUACAUAAAGAGUCUCAAGUUUAUUUUUUGA